UUACUCAAGAACGUCGUCAAGAUGCAGCUUCAGAUCUUCACUGUCGAUGCAUUUGCCAAGAAACCUUUUAGCGGUAACCAAGCUGCCGUUGUGCCAUUAACUCAGAAUCUGGAUGACGCGACGAUGCAGAAGAUCGCUUCGGAGAUGAACUUGUCUGAGACGUCCUACUUGCUUCCGUUGAACGCAGAUGGUCCCGAUGCAUGGACCACCUGUAGCCAGUUCUCUCUCAGGUGGUUCACCCCCGUUAGUGAAAUUGUUCUCUGCGGCCAUGCCACCUUAGCCGCAGCGCAUGUCCUUUUUCAAAACCUAGAGAACGCCAACCGCAAACUCGAGUUCCAGACCUUGAGUGGGACCUUGCUAGCGAGGAAGGAGGGCGACCUCAUCCUCCUCGACUUCCCCGAGAACGAGCCAGUGAGUCUGACCUCCGAGGAGGAGCGGGAACUGUCCCCCUUGGUCGAGGCUGCGCUGGGGGAGGCGAAGGGGAAGGCGAGGACGGUGUCCAUCUCUCGCGCCUUGAAGUAUCUUAUGGUUCAGGUCGACGAUUCUUGUACGAGGCACGACCUCGAGGCCAUCCGCCCAGACGCUCGAGCGAUGGAGCGCCUCCACGACGGCUCGAGGGUCAAGGCCGUCAUCGUCUGCGUCAAGGGGCGUCCCGAGGAGGAGGAGGAGGAAGCCAAGGAAGGCGAAAGGAAGAAGUACGACGUCCGGUCCCGCUUUUUCGCUCCUUGGUACGGCGUUGAUGAAGACCCAGUGACCGGGUCCGCUCACACUGUCCUGGGUCCCUUCUGGUCGAGACGCCUUGGCAAGAAGGAACUUUUAUGUCAUCAGUGUUCACCGCGUGGAGGCGAGGUCAUCGUUAAAACUCGGGGUGACGGAAGGGUUGACUUAAUAGGUCAAGCUGUCACGGUCAUUUCAGGUCACAUUAACUUGUAAGAAAAAAGAGAGAGAGAAAAUUGAGAAAAAAUUGAAGAUUUUUUUUUUGCAGGUAUUGGGAGACAUUCUUGUUAUUUGUUUUCUGUUUUUUCUCUCUAUUGUUUUUUGUUAUCUAUUUUCUUUUAUUUCCUUCUUCGUUGUUGUUUAGCAUUCUUCUUGUUUUCUUCGAUUUUCGUUGUUGUUUUUUGUUUAGUUUUGCUUCAUUAAGUGACCUUGAGUGAUGAAUUGUGAUUCUAAACAUACUAUUGUUUUUUCUUCUUCAUAAUUCGUAUAAUGAAAAGAGAAAUGUUCACAUAUUUUACAAUGUUUAUACUUAUUUGUUUACUUCUUUUACCUUCGAAAGUUUAUCAACGUCUCCAUAAUAAAACAUAAUUGUAACGAGAAAUCCAACGCAUAUAUGGAAAUGGAAAAAUAAACUUUAUGAUCCUG